AUGCCAAGACUCGUGGUGGAGGUGGAGCUGUACCAUCGGAGUCUCAAAGGCGCUGACAAGUGGGCUCGCGAGCGCGCCGACUAUCACGGACGCAGUGAGCUUUGGGUCGGCCCCUCUGUGCACCAUCGAAUAUGUGAUGGACACCCUGGGGUACCAUGGAUUCGCGUGUUACAAUCUCCGCUGAAUGCCGACGGGACGCGGCCCCCCGUGUCGCCAUGGCAGCCCCCGUCGAACCCGACCAUCACAGUCCCUGCCACCGAUCUGUUUUACCUGCGCACGGAUCCACUCACGCACGUUCGUGACCUGAUCCCGCAUGCCAACCCCCACGCACAGGAUUUCUCGUUGGACUUGUUUCGCCUCUUCACCAGAAUCGACCAAAACACAGUCUUCGACUAA